AUGGUACGGUCUGAUCUGUGUCUCGAUUCCUCACCUAUUUCGAAAGUCAGAAAGGAAACCGGACGUGGUGGACAAUACAUAGAGGAAAACUACCUCUUCCAUGUAGUUCUCUACAGCGCGGGCUUUGAUACCCAUACGCCAGGGGCUAGAAUAUAUCGAGCCUCUCACUAUGGCGGCUGGACUCACAACGUAAGGAUCGCGAUUCAACAAUAUCUUCCUGACGGCGGCUAUGAGCCACGAGAUCCAGUGCGACCUAUCUCUCUUGAGCAUGAAACAGAACCAGUGCAAAUUUUUCCUACUCAAGCCUAA